UUUCCCACAUUAAAAGACUUGGUCCAUAAAAGGACACAAGGCUCCGUGACCCCCCACUGAAUCCGGACUUUGGUGCCGGAAAGCCCGACCGGGUGAGUGAGUGACUGACUGUCCGGAGGGAAGAGGACCGGAAGAGUUUGAAUUCGUUGUGGCUAUUACAACCCACUCGCCGGAUUCCUCAACUACUGCGGAGCUUUAAACACAUCCAGAUUAGACAUUUGGGAGGGUUGGUCCCACUUUGUCGGGGACAAUGAGCCUGUGGAUGAACGACUCCUCCUUGGAUUCCUUGGUCGGCUCGCAGGCGACUCCGCCGGACUCCAACGCCACGGCGAACCGCAGCAAGCACGCCCCCCCGGACCUGAUCCGAGCAGUGCCGGUGGGCAUGGUGUUGGCCUCGUUCAUCGCUUUCGCCAUCGUGGGCAACCUGCUGGUCAUUUUGUCGGUGGUAUGCAACCGCCACCUGCGGACCCCCACCAACUACUUCAUCAUCAACCUGGCCAUAGCUGACCUGCUGCUCAGCACCACUGUGCUGCCCGUGUCCGCCACGCUUGAGAUUCUUCACUACUGGGUCUUUGGCCGCAUUUUCUGUGACAUUUGGGCGGCAGUGGACGUGUUGUGCUGCACCGCCUCCAUCAUGUCACUGUGCGUCAUAUCCAUCGACCGCUACAUUGGCGUUCGCUACCCGCUGCAGUAUCCGGUUAUUGUGACGGAAAAACGUGCGCUGCUUGCCAUGCUGGGCGUCUGGAUCCUGGCCAUCGUCAUUUCCAUUGGUCCAUUGCUCGGCUGGAAGCAACCGCCAUCGCAGGACGACACGGAGUGCGUGAUCACAGAGGAGCCGUUCUACGCGCUGUUCUCCUCCUUGGGCUCCUUCUAUAUCCCGUUAGCCGUCAUCCUCGCCAUGUACUGCCGCGUCUAUGUGGUGGCAAAGCGCACUACCAAAAACCUGGAGGCAGGCGUGAUGAAGGAGCGGCAGCAAGACUCAAACGAGCUAACCCUAAGGAUCCACUGCCGGAACCAGCAGAUCCAGGACCUGUGCGCCACUUCCAAGGCAGGAGGCGCUGGCACGGCUGGACGCAGCACGCUGACCGUAAAGCUACUCAAGUUCUCCAGGGAGAAGAAAGCAGCCAAGACGCUCGGCGUUGUAGUGGGCAUGUUCAUCCUUUGCUGGUUGCCCUUCUUCUUGGCUCUUCCCAUCAGCUCUUUUAACAAAAACCUGCGUCCUCCCGAAACUUUCUUCAGUGUCAUUUUCUGGCUUGGCUACUUCAACAGCUGCCUGAAUCCCAUCAUCUACCCAUGCUACAGCCGCGAAUUUAAGCAGGCCUUCAGUCGGAUUUUGCGCUGCCGUUGGAAGCGGAAACGCCAGGGAUGGCAAGCAUACUACAACUACCGAUGCCAGCAGGGUUCCAACAACUCAUCCUACCUGAAUGGCAGCCAGCAGACGCUGUCCUCCAUCAGCCACAGCCCUCGAAGCAUCGCCCCGAAACUGCACCCGCCACUUCGGUCAUCCUCCUCAGACAACGCUGGCUGUAACCUCCUCCCGGGAUCAGACAUCGGAGGACGGCGCCUCACCCCGUCAUCCCCUCUCGCCGCGGAAGCUGGCGGGCGAGAAAAGGGGGUCAAAAAGUAGCAGAGCAAAGAAAUUGUACAGUACUGUGGAAGCGUUCAGACUUCGACUGGCAGACAGGUGGCCGUUUUGGAUGUAAAACGAGGAACACAACUGUUGACAUCCUUGAAAGGUCACUUGAGGGCGCUUCCUAAUGGAUUCCAAUGACCUUCCUCCGCACACUUGUCUUUCUUGUGUUUUGUUGUGUUCAUAUUUAAUAACAGGUACUUGAUGAAAGACUCACCAAUUUCAUAAACGAUUGGGCGAACAGUUUCAAGAGCAGCACAGUGGACAAUUAUGCGUCUCUUUGGGCUUGGCUCUCAGGCUUAUUUGCAUGGGGUUUGUAUCCCACUGGACCCUUCAAUUGACUAUAGUUUUUAUCUAGCUCACAUGCUCAUGAGCAUGCCUUAAAAUCCACAGAAAGUGACCAAAAUGCACAGGAAGUUACCCAGAAAUGUCCAAAAUCAACAGGAAUUGACCUGGAAAUUCCCCAAAAUCCACAGGAAGAGACCGGAAAUAAAGAAUAAGUGACCCAGAAAUGCCCCAAAAUCAACAAGAAGUGACUUGAGGUUUUAGUUACCGAACAGCAAAGCAAAGUAUCCUCCCCAUGCAAGUUCUCCAGAAGUGGCAUUUUCUGGUAACUUAGUUUUUUAUUACCAUUUUAUUAACUUAUAAAUGUACCGUACUUAUUCAUAAAAAUAAUGUAAAAACACAAGAUCAAUAAUUAAAUAACAAUAACAAAAUGUAAUAAUAAUAACAAUAUUAAAGUUUUUUUUUAAUGAUUGGCUGCCAUUGACGGUGCGAGACAUCCAAUCUAUUUGAACCAGAAGGGCUACAGUGAAUGUUUCUUCACUGCCAGAACUUCUACUUCAAAUGGAAUGGAUGUCUACUACUGACAAACUCUUAAUGAGCUGUGAUUGAUUGCUGAGCUGUUCGAGGGUGACCUUGCUCAGGCAUGCUCAUAAGGAUCAAUGAAGUGAAUAAUGAUGCUGAAACACUAACAGUAUUACUGAAAUUUAAAGGAGAAUACGGGUUGAGAGAUACAAACUGAAAUCACACUGUAGAGUAGAUCAUUGAAUAUCUGAUGACAAAUAAUUUACAGUAUUACCAGUUUGGAUUGUAUUAAAACUGUGAAAAAAGAUUGAAUGCAUUAGUGUUUAUAGUAGUGUAGUGUAUCAGCCAUAUUUGACACACUUGCAUGUUGGUUUUCUUCCUUACACAUUAAAACUACCCAUUAUUUUCCAACCUACCACAUUCUAAAACAUGUUAACUUGCAAAUAUUAUUCAAUAUACAUAUUCUUGUUAUGUAAUUAAAGAUAGAGUUGUCAAAAGUAUCCAAAAAUGUAAAAGUAUCGAUACUGAAAUGUAUCCUGGUACAAUAUUUGAUUGCACAUGUAUCGAUACUUAUAUUGUUCCAACUGGUGACAUUUCUUUGUUUGAUUCAUUUGUUUGUUGUCAAGGGGGAAUUUGAUAUUGCGCUACUCUUAAAGCAACACUUGGUAGCGUUUCAUUUUGGUCGAUUUUAGCGACACCAGUGGACAAAAGCGGUAGGAAGACUGCAUUUCCCAUGAGGACCAGCGCUGCGUUUCUCAUUAGGACCAGCACCCACGCAGUGUCGUAAAAUCAUCGUUUAAUAAAAAAAUCAAUCUCCCGGUCACCUGCAGAUGGAUUAAACGACAUUUCUGUUUCCAGUGACUGUCUGA